AUGUGGCAUCCCGUCGACUUCAUCAAUGGCCUGAAAGCCAUCGCCAAAAACCCGGAGGUCUUCAUCAACGACUUGAAACGAAUCGUCCAAGACCCACGCUUCUUCAGCGUCGACUCCGUUAACAAAUCCGCUAUUAUCCUCAUCGCCGUCCUUAUCGGCAUCUUUACUAUCGCCCUCUAUGCAAACCUGGGCAACAUCAGCGAUCGCCGCGACCUCAAACAAAACAACGCCCUAGGAACCGGCAGCGAAUCUCGUCAAGACCCCAAUGCACCCCCGAUCCCACCGCCCACCGAAGUCACCUCCCUCCGAAUCUACCCCAUCAAGUCAUGCCGAGGGAUUGAGCUCACGCACACCCGCCUCAAGAAAUCCGGCCUCCUCCUCGACCGCAACUGGAUGUUCAUCGGGCCCGACCGCAAAUUCCUCACCAUCCGCAGCGACCCCUCCAUGACGCUCAUCGACACCAAAGUCUACGAAUCGCAGGAAGACCACAACAAAGGCGAAACCUUCCUCGAAAUCAGCAUUCACGGCACCGACGGCCGCGUGACCAUCCCGGCCUUCCCCUCCAAGACCUGGCUGGAGCAAAACACCACCCUCAGCAGCGUCGAGAUCUGGGGCGCCGAAACCGACGGCUACGAAUACAGCGCCGCCAUCAACGACAUCUUCAAAUCCUUCUUCAACAAAGACGUCGCGCUCAUCUACAAAGGCCCCACGUCGCGCAUGGUCGCCAUCAACGGCCGCAAAGAACUCUACGGCACCGACACCCCCCACCACUUCGCCGACGUCAUGUCCCUCCUCGUCGCCAGCGAAGCCUCCAUCAAAGACCUGAACAACCGCCUCGGCCACGCCCCGGGUUCCAAAGACGCCCUCACCAUCGAACGCUUCCGCCCCAACAUCAUCAUCAAGGGCCGCGACGACCACCCCUGGGAAGAAGACACCUGGAAACGCAUCCGCAUCAGCACGACGCUGCCGCACGAGGAAGCGCUGUACAAACUCGAUCUGGACAUCGUGGCGCGGUGUGCGCGCUGCCAGGUCCCCAAUGUGAACCCGGACACGGCGGAGAAGCAUCCGAAACAGCCCUGGGAUACGCUCAUGUCGUUUCGGAGGGUCGAUACGGGCGGGCCGGCCAAGUGGAAGCCGUGUUUUGGCAUGAUGGCGAUUCCGAGGAAUGAGGGCAAGAUUGCCGUGGGCGCCAAGGUGGAGUGUUUGGAGACGACGGAUAAGCAUUGGUAUAAUGAGAGGGCGUUUGCUGAUCUUUGA